UUUGACACUGAAUGAGGGAAAUAUGCGCGCAGACACAAAAACCAGUUAUUGCGGUAGCCAUUUAAAGCAUCGCCAGAGAAGACGUCGUAUGACGUAGCCUACAGACGUUAUCAGGACGUACGACCAGAUGCAGCAGCGUCAACGACAAAAAUCUAGAGGCGGCAAAAAGGAAAGAAAAGAAGAUCAGCGGUCAUAAAUGGUAUGUUGUGUAUAGAUUAAUUUAUUUAUUGAAUUUAGGUGGAAGACUGCUUUGGUAACAUAUGAUUUUCCUGUAGGCAUAGGAACAUGACUCGACUCUGUUAAAAAUAAUAAAUGAAUUAAUAAUAAAUCAAUGGUUGAUAGUUGUGUCUGUUAGGCUAACUUCUGUAUUUUGUGUCGGUCUGUGUGGACUAAUGACUGUAGUAGCCUAGUUAUAAAUGCAGACCAUCUGAUUAGCUGAUGCCCUCAGUCAUGUAUAAUAUUAAUAUACUCAUAUGUUUUGACUUGGUAAUUAUUAUUAUUUACAUCUUGAUGAUAUUUACGAUAUUUAUUUAUGUUAAUAUUUUAUGAUUUUUCACGGCGCCGCAUUGAAAAUGUCCCCGAUUUUCAUUUCAGAAAUCUGGUCACCUUAAUGUGGAGUGGAUGACAAGAUCAAGAUGAAAAGAACGAUUGAAAGCUUUUUCGUUAAAAAUGUUAAUAAGUUAAGGCCUGAUCCGAACGAGUGCUCUGACACGGAUCUCCCUUCAACUUCCCAGGUUAUGUCAGGCCCUAAUCAGGAGACGGCAUCGGCUAAUGAGCCGCACACGAUCAACUCCGAGCCACAGCCCGCCGAAAUUAAAAGGAGGAAAGUGUAUGCAUUUAGAAGAGAGUGGCUUGACCAGUUUCCCUGGCUAAGAUACGAUAAAUCCGGCAACGAGAUGCACUGCAUUUACUGUAAAGAGUGUGGGAAGACCAUGGCCGGCAAUAGUGCUUUUGUGACUGGUUCCAAUACAUUUCGUAUUGAAACUCUGAAAAAGCACAAUGCAUCCAUGAAACACAUUACAUGCCGCGAUAAAUGCACUGCCACAGUGUCCCCUCUCCCCGCUGCCUUUCAGCGGCAGGAAGCAGCAAACAGAACAUCAGAUGAGGCCGAGAUGAUGAUCAAGUUUAACAUUGCCUACAAUAUUGCAAAAGAAGAACUUCCCUUCACUAAAUUCAAGUCCGAAAUAAUUCUUCACAAGAAAAAUGGCUUGAACGUAAACCCGACCUACAGCAAUGAUGUCAUGUGCGCCCAAUUUAUUGGAGUCAUCGCAGAUACUCUGAAAAAAAAUACAUCGGUGCAAAUUGCGAACAGUGCAUACAUGGCAUUCCUGAUCGACGGAGACACAGACAUCGCCAAAAAGGAAUGCGUCAUUGUGUAUGGUCGUAUCUUGCAGAGAGGAGGACCGGUGAAUAUACUGAUUGGACACAUCGAGGUCCAGCAUGCCCAUGCCCAAGGAAUUUAUGCUGCCUCAAAGAAAGCAUUUGCUGCUCUUGGAGACCAGUGCAGUAACUGGCUGGAGAAAAUUAUUGCUCUGGGUGCUGAUGGUGCUGCUGUUAAUUUGGGCUACAAAGGGGGUGUCAUAGCCCUUUUGCAGCAAGAGGCAGGUGAUCACAUUGUGCCUUUCCACUGCAUGCCUCACAGAUUGGAAUUGGCAAUGCUGUCAGUGCAGAGGGACAAUCAAAUGAUGGGGCAAUUGUACGACCUUCUACAUUUAAUUUGGAAGACUUACCAUUUCAGCCCAAAAUCAAUGAGAGAGCUCAGGGUCAUUGGGGCUGACUUGGGGGUAAAUGUGCUGAUGCCCAGUGGGGUGAAGGGGACAAGGUGGCUCCCACAUGUUUCAAGGGCCUUGGAGACCUUUCUUAAACCAGGACAGUUCACUGCUGUGUACUACCAUAUGGACCAUUUGGCAGGCUCCUCUGCCAAUGCAGACAUUGCAGGCCGAGCUACAAAGGCCAGUGCAUUCUUUCAGGAUAUUCCUUUCAUUAGAGCCACUUGUUAUUGAUGUAUUUUUAGGAAUUUAGUUCAUCAAUGUUCUAUGUGACUAAUUUUUAUUGUUGUAUGGUACAGGUUAAGAAAUCAAUGGAAGAUGCUACCUUUGUGGCCUUUUGCCAUGUUAUUGCAGACAUGUUCAGUGGCAUUAGUAAGUUUAGCCUCCUGCUUCAGAGGAAUGACAUCAUCUUACCACAGGUAAGGGAAAUGUGCAAAUUUGAAUUGUGUUUGUGGUCAUCUUCAGCUGUGUUAAUAAUACUGCACUGAAAUAUCUAAACAGGCAGUUUGUGGCCUUGAAAAACUGCUGGUGACCACAGAGGCAAUGGCUGUGAGACCCAAGCCUGGGGGAAGACUGUCAGAGUUCCUGGCUGACAUGAGGCUGCAGAGGAGGAGGCAGCAAGAAAUGGGUGAAAUGGCAAUCUACAAAUUCCGGACAAUAACACUCAAAGGACAAGCAUCAGAGCUGGCAGGAGAUAGUGUUGGUGGCACUAAACUUGAAAAAGUAAUGGAUGCAACGAUCAUAUCCACUGUAAAACAUCUGAAAGCAAGAUUCAGUAGCCUCCUAGGGGAGAGUGCUUCCGGGUCUGACACAACCAAGGCUGUCAAAUGCUUCAACAUUUUCAAUCACGAUAGCUGGCCAGAGAACCAAGAAGACUUAGUAGACCAUGGUGCUGAUGACCUUGCAUUUCUCUUGGAUCACUUCUCCACAGUUCUGAGAAGAAAUGGUGUAAACACUGACCUUGCAAAAGAAGAGUUUGUGGGCUUAAAGCUAUUAAUUGCAAGGAUGUUCAAAGACAAGACCUACCUCAGCCUUUGGGAGCUCAUGUUGACCAGAGAGCCCUACUGCUCACAGUACAAGAACAUCCUGCAUCUUGUACACAUUAUGCUGGUCCUCCCUGUCUCAGCUGCAGUUUGUGAAAGAGGAUUCUCUGCACAGAAGAGGAUCAAAUCAGACACUAGGGCAUCCCUCCAUUCAGACACAGUUGAAGAUCUGAUAAGAAUCAGUGUAGAGGGACCAAGUCUGGAAGAUUUUGACGCUAGAGAGAGUGUGGGAAGCUGGUUUAGCCAAGGCCAAAGAUCAAGAAGGCCAAACUACAUGAGUUGGCCAUCAGAGGGGCAUGUGACUGCAAUUGAGGAUAGUCCAUAA